AUGGAGGGCCCUUUGUUGAGCAAGAGUGAGCAUAUCACAAUCAAUGGCGAUUCAUCAACAAAUGCUGAGCACAUCGUCGACGUGGCAGCCAAUGACGAUUUUUCAACGAUCAUGCAAGUGCCAUAUAUGGUUGCAACUGCUUCGAACUCGAUCGAGUUUGUUAUGACUUUGGUCCAGAUUAUUGUAGCCAUUGUAAUUGUGACAGGAGCAAAAGAUGAUCAUCCAGAAGCAACAUGGAUCAUCGUUUAUACUUGUGCUUGUAUUGCCAAUCUCCCUAUCCUAUGUUGGGGUUUCUUCCGUUACCAGAGUGCUAUCUCAGAAAUAGAAGUCAACUCGGUGAUGAUCAUUUUGAAGAUGGUUCUUGAAUAUUUCUUCGUGGGUUGGUCGAUUGUGUUCUUAUGGUUUUUUGUUAGCAACUCAUCAUCUCUAGAUCAUACUAGUCCACUCUUCUGGUUAAGUGUGGUUCUUAUUGUUUUCAGUUUCAUUCGAUAUGUGCUUCCUAGUCUUUUAUGUGCAGCGAUGUGUUGUUGUAUGUCUGUGACAUUAUGUAUUGGCGGCCUUUGGGGAUUCAUUACAUUCAUUGGCCAGUCUAUCUGCGGAUGA